AUGGCGCUGCUGGACCUGGCCCUGGAGGGAAUGGCCGUCUUCGGGUUCGUCCUCUUCUUGGUGCUGUGGCUGAUGCAUUUCAUGGCCAUCAUCUACACCCGAUUACACCUCAACAAGAAGGCAACGGACAAACAGCCAUAUAGCAAGCUCCCAGGUGUGUCUCUUCUGAAACCUUUGAAAGGAGUAGAUCCUAACCUAAUCAACAACUUGGAGACAUUCUUCGAAUUGGAUUAUCCCAAAUAUGAAGUACUCCUUUGUGUACAAGAUCACGAUGAUCCAGCCAUUGAUGUAUGUAAGAAGCUUCUUGGAAAAUACCCAAAUGUUGAUGCUAGAUUGUUUAUUGGUGGCAAAAAGGUUGGCAUUAACCCUAAAAUUAAUAAUUUAAUGCCAGGAUAUGAAGUUGCUAAGUAUGAUCUGAUAUGGAUCUGUGAUAGUGGAAUAAGAGUAAUUCCAGACACACUUACUGACAUGGUUAACCAAAUGACAGAGAAAGUGGGCCUGGUUCAUGGGCUGCCCUAUGUAGCAGACAGACAGGGCUUUGCUGCUACAUUAGAACAGGUAUAUUUUGGAACUUCUCAUCCAAGGUCCUAUAUCUCUGCCAACGUAACUGGCUUCAAAUGUGUGACAGGAAUGUCUUGUUUAAUGAGAAAGGAUGUGUUAGAUCAAGCAGGAGGGCUUAUAGCUUUUGCUCAAUACAUUGCUGAGGAUUACUUUAUGGCCAAAGCCAUAGCUGACCGAGGUUGGAGGUUUGCGAUGUCCACUCAGGUUGCAAUGCAAAACUCUGGCUCUUAUUCAAUUUCCCAAUUUCAAUCCAGAAUGAUCAGGUGGACCAAAUUGCGAAUUAACAUGCUUCCCGCUACAAUAAUUUGUGAGCCAAUUUCAGAGUGCUUUGUUGCCAGUUUAAUUAUUGGAUGGGCAGCCCACCAUGUAUUCAGAUGGGAUAUUAUGGUAUUUUUCAUGUGUCAUUGCCUGGCAUGGUUUAUAUUUGACUACAUUCAACUCAGGGGUGUCCAGGGUGGCACACUGUGUUUUUCAAAACUUGAUUAUGCAGUAGCCUGGUUCAUCCGUGAAUCCAUGACAAUAUACAUUUUUUUGUCGGCAUUAUGGGACCCUACUAUAAGCUGGAGAACUGGUCGCUACAGAUUGCGCUGUGGGGGCACAGCGGAGGAAAUUCUAGAUGUAUAG